AUAUGGGGAGGAGAUGGUUUGGCAUCAUGGCCCCGACUUCGACUGGAGACAUGAACCAAUGGAUCCCUCGGUGGAGUACACAAGUGGUGGGGAAAAGUGCAUGGACGAGGAUGGAUUUGUCUUCCCGUAGCUCGUGCUCUCGUCGACCAAACAAGCAGGAGUUGGAGAUUAUGAGGUUGUGUGAGGAGAUGAGAAAACAAUGGGAAUUUAUGCAGGUUUUUAUGCAACAUAACCUAGCAAUAUAUCCGCAAAAGGGCAUGACACCAAACAUUCCUCAGUCGCCACAAUGGAGCAUGUUUGCAUCCACACUAGCUCUGGGACCAGGGACUCAACAGUUCAUCACCCCCCACACACAUAUACCUGCACUUGGGGAUAGGGCUACGCCUGAAGCGGGUGGGACUGGGUCUGAACCCGUGGGAACUGGAUUUGUGGAGUCCCUCUCCGCGUACCGUCCUCUUGGUGGCGGUAGCGGCCAAAGCUCAAACCAUCUAAGUGGUGGUUAUCCCUGAGUAUGGUGAGCUGUAUUGGAGAUGUGAACUUGU